GAAUGCCUUCAAAGAGAUGGUAGUGCAGCUAGCUACGCUGCAAGUAAAUAUUCGUGCCCAGCACAAGCAGUAUGGAUUACACUAAGUCUGUCAUCCAAAAGCACAAGAUGGCUAUCAAGGCACUUCAAGAAGAUAUGGAGUUCUUAACACUCAGAAACAGCAGUCAAGCCAAAGUAAGAAUGCACCUCAUCACUCUUCUUCUAAUGAUGCCCAGUUACAGAUGAUGGCACAAAGGUAUGAUGCACAGUCUGCAACAGAUGGACAGGUGCCAGACACACAGCAGUACUAUGCACCAACUAUGGCAGACAGACAGAUGCCAGACAGACAGAGGUACCUUGCAUCAACUAUGGUAGAUGAACAGAGAGUGGACACACAAAAGUACCUGACACCAGCUAAAACUGAGGAACAGAGGCAAAACACACAAGAGUACUUUGCACCAGCUGUGACAGAUGGACAGAAGCAGAAUACACAAGGGUACUUUGCACCAGGCACAACAGAUGGACAGCAACAGGAUACACAAAGGUAUUUCAUACCAGCAGUGACAGAUAGACAGAGGCAGGACCAACAACACUUCUAUGCUCCAGCUCUUACAGAGGGACAAAGACAGGACUUACAACCAUACCAUGUUCUAGGUACAACACAACAGAAACAGGACCCACAACAGUACCAUGUGCCAACUAUGACAGAACAAAGACAGGACCCACAACAGUACCAUGCACCAACUAUGGCAGAACAUAGACAAAAUCCACAACAGUACCAUGCACCAGCUUCUACAGAAGGACAGAAACAGAACUCACAACAGUUUUGUGUUCAAGCUCCUGCAGGAGGACAGAGACAGAACUCACAACAGUACCAUGCUUCAGCUGUGACAGGACAGAAACAGGGCCCACAACAGUACUACACUCCACCUCCAGAUGGACAAAAACAGGACCCCACAACGGUACCAUGCUACAGCUGUGAUAGAAGGACAUAGGCAGGACCCACAACAGUGCUAUGCUCCAUCUACAGGUGGAGAGAAACAGGACUUAACAACAGUACCAUUCUCCAACUGUAACAGGAUGGAAACAGGACUCACAACAGUAUCAUUCUCCAACUGUGACAGAGAAACAGAGAAAGGAUACAAAGCCACAAACCUUAGCUCACCAGAGAAGAGACACACCACGACCAAAGACAAUGUUCAGCAGUAAUCUCUCACUUCUUAAACUUCAGAUACCAAAAUAUGCAGAAAGAAAGAGAAUUCACAGGUCAUCAACACAAAUGUCUAACAAAGGCAAGGAGAAGAGUGAGUUGGUGUCCACUAUGACAGAGCUCCCACAGUGUCAGCCUAUAACUGCUGAAGACAAUCAACCAAGCAUUCCCUCUAGCCACACUUCACAAUCUUGUAUAACUCCAUGUACCCUCAAGACUGACAGAAAUUACAGUACACGUAAUGAUUAUAAUAUUUGUGGUCAAGCCAGGUUUAUUUCGGAAGUGGGAAGGAGAGAUGCCUCUCACCCAUCCCAAAGUGCUGCCUUGGCAAGUGAGAGAGGCACUGGAGAAUCCAACAGUUUUACCAGGGAAGCAAAGAAUGAGUUACCAGUCAACACAGGCACACAACAGAAUGAUAGUAUGGCCUUUCCAACAUUCAAAAAGGGUAUAACAACAGAUGGCAACCUAUCCAGUGAGUGUCAGACACCAGUGUGCACAACUUCCACAGUAGUUGGUGAAUCUUCUCUUCAAGUUUUAGACCAAGUGCAUAUGUCACCAAAGAGACUAAUACCUGAAGCUCUGAGUACAGCAGGCAGCGUGACUACAGUUGCCAAUACCAAGUCCUCUGAAUCUCAUUCUAGUCACCUUUCCUUAUGUUCUAUGCAAACUGAAAGUAUGGACAUGUCAAAGAUGGACGAGAGUUUACCAUCAUCACAGGGAUUCAACCUAACUGAUGACUCAGGCAUUGACAACACUCAAAUGACUUCCACCUCAGAUAUGGUUGAGACUUUUUCAUACCCUCGGGUAUCAGCAGGACAAUUACAUACAUCCUCACUUAUAGUUGAGCCACCAGCUAGCAGGAAUGUGUCGGCUGUAUCCUCUCCUCUGUCUUCAAAUUUUGCAUCUGCUCCAGCUACUGUAACAUCACCACGCACGGAAGAAACAUUAAAUAAGGAUAUCCCAGCAUCAGUUCAGAGCAGUCUUCUGCCAGGAAACCCAAUGUUUUAUAGCUCGCCUCUCUCUUUGACUAAUGCAACACAGUUGAGCAGUAGCUCCACUGCACAGAACCUACAGACAUCCCAAUCAUCUGAAUCUUUGUAUUCAUUGAGCCCAAUACUGCAGCCUGGUGGCUCACAUGUGAAUAUUCAUCCAUCCAGUAAUUCUGUGUCAACAAGUGCUAGUUCUGCUUUCAUGCUUGGAGGAGACUCAUUUGAUGAUGGAAUGGGAUCUGGAGCAAUGAGUCUCUUUGGCUCACCAGUUGCACAGACAAAUGCUGAAGUACCUCAUCAAGGACAAUCCGGUGUUACAUUUUCUCUCUUUGGAGAGUCUUCAUCACCAAAACCAGACAGCGGUGGCUUCUUCAGUUUUAACUUUGGAAGUGAUGCUGAUAAUAACCCAGAAUCAGGUAGUUCUGGGUUUUUAUCUUCACUCUUUAGUAGUCCCACCAAGGACAGCAACUCUCAAGGAGGAGGAGCAGGAUUUAAGUUCUUCUAAAAGAGAAAGUUCAAAAUAACUGUAAAAUUUACUGUGCAUUUACUUUUAUUUACCAACAGGAGAAAUUUAAAAACCUAAAGGGUAACAUGUCAGUCAGCAUUUUCUUUUAAUUUUCUAUACUUAUUUAUUGAUUCUAUAAUUUGAGAAUAUGUGUUACAUUAAACAGGUACAGAGUGGUACCCCGAGUUUCGGCCGUAAUUCGUUCCAGAAGGCUGUUCAAAUGCCAUUACUGAAUGAAUUUGUUCCCAUAAGGAAUAAUGUAAAUUAGAUUAUUUCGUUUCAGACCCCAAAAAUACACUUACAAAAGCACUUACAAUAAUACACUUACAUAAUUGUUAGAGUUGGGAGCUGUACGAAACUCGGUACCACUGUAAUUCAGAAAUUUUUUAAUGUUUUUCUAGCUUUAUUAUUAGUAGCCCAAGAAUGGCCUUGGUUAUUUUUUUUUUAAAUAGAUGUUCACAUUAUGUAAUUAUUUCAGAAAGUGUCAAACAGUGCUUAUUUUUUCAGAAUAGACAUUCACAUUAUAUAAUUCUUUUUUUUUGGGUCACCCUGCCUCGGUGGGAGACGGCCGACUUGUUGAAAAAAAAAAAAAAAAAAAAAAAAAAAUCAUCAGCAUUGUAGAAAAUGUAGGCAGUCAUAUGAGGUGAUGCAAAUAGUAUUUACAAACUUAGCUGUGGCAAAAAAUACAUUAAAACAGUUCAGUAUUUUUGUAUGUUACAAUAAAAAAAAAAGGACAAAAAUGGUGCUUUAAAUUAUUUUUUAUCCGAGUUGAGAUGUGAAGUUUGCUCUUCCUCUUGACAAUACCUUGUGGUGGCAGAUAUUAUAUCAGUCUUCACAAGUAACUCACACUUAAGGCAUGAAAGUUUACAUGACAUUUCAGACCAUACUGGACUACUGUCAGGUCACAAGUGAGAACAAUUAAGACCAGAAUAAUGUCUGGGAAGAGAGAGGGAGGGAAAGGAAGGUGGUAAUAGUAGUAGAAAUAAAAAUAAUAAUAGUAGUAGAAAAAGUAGUGUUAAGUAGUAGUGCAAAUAGUACAGUAUUAGUAGUACAAAUAGCAGUUCAGUACUAGUAAUGGUGAUAAAUUACUACUCAAAGGAAUUGAAGAGUAAGUAAUUCCAACACUGGUUACCAAGGGGCUCACAAAAGAACAAAGAAAACAUGAGCAAAGCUGUAGUGUUAAUGCACAUGCUAGGAAGCAAAGAAGAAGCAGGAGAAAAUUGGUAGACAGGAAAAGUGAAGGAAGUGCUUUACAUAAGGCCAAUCAAGAGAAGAGGUGAAAAGGCAAAGUUCAGGUCAAGUCAUCCAUAUACUUCAGAUUUAAGUGUUUAAUAGUGUAUUAAGAAAAGUUGGAUUCUACAUAAAUAAAACCAGGACUAAGACUUGUUAGAAAUGUUGUAUAUAAGAUUUGAUUCAGCAAGGCAGCCACUAUGAAGGCUAGAUGAAGGGUAGAUAGUUGAAGUAGAGGGCUAAUCUAUAGGAUGGCCCUAAAAUAUGGAAUUCAUUACCAGAAAUAUUAAAGUAACCCAGUCUGAAAAUCAGUUUAAGACUUCUCAAAAGCCACUUAAUCACCCUAGACUAAAUGCUAAAAAUUCAAUACACACAUACUCACCUAUGUACUCCCAUAUCAUAACUUCAACAAUCACUUUGAACCUCUUAUCCAUUGUUGACAGGAAUAUAAUUGAACCAUUGUUUUUCACAAUAACCAUUUUAGACUAUACGAAUAUAUCCUUUGUCUUCUACAAAUUUAAUUCACUUAUAAUUAAUAAUCUACUGUUCAACUAUGAAAUAAUUACUAUCCUACUGUACAACUAUGAUAAAAUCCUUAGUAUUAAGUAGUCUGUAAGCCAAUAAUGUUAAGUUGGCCCAUAAUGCCUAGGCAUAAUAGAGGCUCUCUUUGCAUUGCAACCCACUAUUGUAAAUAUAAAAUCUCAGUGUACUGUUUGCAGACAUAAAAUAAAUAAAUAAAUAAAUAUUG